UCAGUACUUUUACAAACAACUGAACUUUAGCGCGCGCCCUGUUUAUUUCUUGCACCCCGCGCGCGCGCGCCGUCUGCUGUGCUGGCAUCUGGAGGUCACGUGAACACCUCAGCUUGUUAAAGGGGCCGCCUACUUUAAAAAGUACUGACUUUUCAGCUACAACGCGAUGUAAGAAGCAUCAAGUCUCUACUGAUUUUUAUUAUUAUUAUUUUUCAUAAUUUUCUAAUAUUAUUUAUCGAAAAGGUUCACCAACUGUUGGAAUAUGAAAUCACAUGUAAGGAACUGCUCUUCUUGACUUUUAAUCACUAUUUGCUGAAAUUUCUUGGAGCUGCUUUUGACUUGGGACAUGACAGCACACAUACUACAAUAAUGUAUGUUUUAAUACAGACUGUUUUUGGCCAGCAUACUCAUCAGAAUUUCUGAGAUUACUUCUCAGAGUGAAAAAACCUUCUCAGUUGGAUAAAAAUCAAGCUCACACUCAACGAGGGGAUAAAUAUUGCUCCAAAUGGAGUGUGGUUGGAUUGGAAUCAGUGGCAAUGAGGAAACUUUGACAGUAUGACAAAUCUGAAGUUUCCAUGCUUAGUGAGCAAUCCAAAAAUCCCUGGGAUUCAGUGUUUAACAGAAUGAGGAGAGUCCACAUAAAAGGAGAUGUGCUUUGCACUCUCAUCUUACUGGUUCUACUCUGUAUAUUGUGGUAUGCCCACCAGAGUUUGACACCUAUAUUGGGGGCAGUGCUCAUCGAGCAUGGCUCUAGCAGUUCAAGAACACUUCUUGGGGCACCAGCAAAAGGAAUCUUGCCAACCUCUCAAACUUCAAAACGUCAUUGUGAUCAUUGUGAGCUUACAGUCCAGGCACAAGCCAAAUAUAAACCACAGGCUAAAAUAAAACCUCCAAAAAGUCAAGUCAAAUCAAAGAAAAAAGAUGGGAGGAAAAAGGCUACAGCAAAACCUAUUACUGUACCCACUCUUCCUCAGUUUGACUUUGAGGAUUACCUUCGCAAGAAGGACCAGCGAGAGUUCCAGUUGCUUAUUGACCAGCCAGAGAAAUGUAUAGGGCCUAAAGGUGCACCAUAUUUGCUGAUUGCCAUAAAAUCAGUAGUGGAAGACUUCGACAAGCGACAGGUUGUGCGACACACCUGGGGCAGAGAAGGUAUAGCACAGAAAGGAAUGAACAUCAUGACUGUUUUUCUUCUUGGAGUGCCCCAUAAUGUUACAGCGCUUCCUUUGUGGGACAGGUUGUUGGUGUAUGAGAGCCAAAUGUUUCAGGAUAUUUUGCUGUGGGACUUUGAGGACACGUUCUUUAAUCUGACACUUAAAGAAAUUCACUUCCUCCAGUGGGUGAACUCAAGCUGUUCAAACGUUAAGUUUAUAUUCAAGGGUGACGCAGAUGUCUUUGUGAACAUUGAGAACAUCCUGGAAAUGCUUGGCAGUAGAUCAGCCGGUGAGGAUUUUUUAGUCGGAGACAUUAUCUUCCAUGCAAAACCAAUUCGAAGACGAAACAGUAAAUAUUUUGUGCCUGAAUUUAUAUAUGGCCAGGGCAUCUAUCCUUCAUAUGCAGGAGGUGGAGGCUUUGUCAUGUCAGGCCACACUGCGCUUAGGCUACAUUUGGCCUGCAAAGAAGUGGAACUUUUCCCCAUAGAUGACGUCUUCCUGGGAAUGUGUCUGCUAAGGAUUGGUCUUAAGCCGAGCCGCCACGAGGGCUUCCGUACCUUUGGAAUUGUGCGUCCAUCGGCGGCGCCACACCUUCAGGUGUUUGACCCAUGUUUCUACCGGGAGCUGAUGGUGGUGCACAGCCUGAAUGUGCCACAGAUCUGGCUUAUGUGGAACCUACUACAUGACCCCAGCUUACGUUGUCAUACUAAUCAUAUUCAUACAGCCAAACCCUUUAAGUGGAUGAAAAACACACCAAAACAAGCAGAGACUAAGGAUUCUCAUAAACCUGACUAUGACAUGCAAGUGUUUGUGAAGCACUGAGAUGCCCAUGCUGUGAAAUGUAAAGUCUUGAAUGUAAAAGGUUUGCUAUUGGCAGUUUUAAUCAAGAGAUAAUAUUUCUAAACACCCACUGUUUGCAAUAGAGCAAGAAUCCCAGGGUUUCCCAGGGUUUAAAAUGGAUUUUAUUUUUCCUUGGCUUAUGUUGGCACUUGUAUAAUCUAUAAAAGCAAAGUGCGGAGGCCAAGGACAUUGUGAAUAACAUUUUCUAGGGACAGUAAAGCCCAGGGGACUAGAGCCAAUUCCACCUUAUCAAAGCCCACAGGCUAAUCAUAAUGACAGGCAUGUGGAAUACUGUAGAUACUCAAAUUGUACCACUUAUCAUCCAAAACACUCUUAAGCAUGGGUUUAGACUUCACAUGGUUUUUAGAAUUUACAGUUAACUUCGUUUUAACCAUCUGCCAUUUUUGUUUGGUAAGAGUCAGAUGGCUAUUAAUAAAUGUUACUAAAAGCUUAUGGUGAAAAUGCUGUUAAUGCCAAAGCACUUAAGUUAAGCAAGACCCAAAUAAGGCUUGUUCUUCAUAUUUCAUUAAAAAAAGAAGAAAAAACCCAAAGACCAUUUUU